AUGGACGUAAGUAACUUAGCUGCUCAAGUAGUUGAACCUAUUGACGGUAAAGGUAAAGGUAGGGUUAGACCUGGUCUGUAUAAUACCUUUGAUGAAGAAUGCAAGGCUAGAACAGGAAUCGUAGUGAUUAACAAUAAAGAUAAUUUGUGUCUUCCUCGUGCCUUGGUGGUAGCUGUAGCUAAUGUAACUAAAGACCCAGAAUACAAAGCUGUGAGACAAGAUAGGGCAAAAAGACAGACUGUUAGGGCUCAAGAACUUGUUCGUCGAGCAAGAGUUGAGAUGCCCGAGGGUGGUGCAGGCAUUGCCGAACUUGAAAAUUUUCAGGACUUGCUUAAAGAGUACAAAAUCACUGUGUACAACUACAACACUAAAGGCCGCGAUGUAUACUUUGAGGGAAAUGUAGAGAACCCCAAGUUCAAAAUUAACUUGUUGUUUCAUAACCGGCACUACAAUUUUUGUUAUCAGUGUAUCGAGGCGAAAUAUUGUAUUGCGUGUAAAAAUCGUACACGGGUGUUUGACUCUGACCCUAUUAAACAGUUUAUGGACUAUGUAAUGUCAGUGAGGAAACAGUUUAAAAAUGUCUGUGUAAUCGCACACAAUGGGCAGGGUUUUGACUUUCAAUUUCUGCUAAAGUACUUGUUGGAAGAAACUAAAUUCACACCGGAACUUGUAAUGCGGGGAACUAAGAUUAUCUUGAUGGAAAUUGACAAUGUGAGGUUUGUGGACUCGUUAAGUUACUUCCCCAUGGCUCUAUCCGCUCUGCCUAAAGCCUUCGACUUACCUCCAGAGAAAAAGAAAGGCUACUUUCCCCAUCUCUUCAACACUCUUGCAAACCAAAACUACGUGGGUCCUAUGCCACCCAAAGAGUACUACUGUCCCGAAUCUAUGUUUGAAAAAUCCCACAAUGACUUUGACAAAUGGUAUAGUGAGCAGGUUGCAAACAUGUAUGAGUUCAACUUCAAAAACGAGAUCCUAGCUUACUGUAUGUCAGAUGUCGAUAUCUUGGCCCAAGCCUGUCUAAAGUUCCGCGCAAUAUUUCUGCAAGAGUGUAAAGUUGACCCGUUUCUCGAGGCUGUUACCAUCGCUAGUGCCUGCAAUCUAGCCUUCCGCCGUAACUUCCUGAAACCUAACACUAUCGGUAUCAUCCCUAAGAACGGUUAUAGAUUAUCAGACAACCAAUCGGCCAUAGCACUCCAAUGGCUUUCUUGGGUCGAGGAAACAAACGGUAUUAGGAUUGACCACGCAGGUCGAGGCAAAGAAGUCAAGGUUAAUGGGCUGAAAGUAGACGGUUUUGAUGGUAGAAACAUCUAUGAAUUUCAAGGGUGUUACUGGCACGGCUGUCCCAAAUGUUUUCCUUACGACCGUCAUGCCCCUUUGAAGGAGGAUCCCUCCGAUAGCUUACAUCUUCGCUACGAGCGAACUAAAGCCAAAAACGCAAAGUUUACUGAACACGCAUUGGUAGAGAUGUGGGAAUGCGAUUUCCGAAAGCUUAAAAAGAAUCAAAAACUUAAUCAUCUGGACAGUCUGCCCAUCUUGAACAAUCUUCCCCUUGAACCUCGUAAUGCAUUCUUUGGAGGUAGGACAGGAAACGCUAAAACCUACCACAAAUGUGUUGAGGGGGAAACUAUCCAAUACGUCGACGUUUGCUCCCUGUAUCCGUACGUUUGUAAAUAUGGGAAGUACCCUGUAGGUCAUCCAACUAUCUAUGUAGGAGAUAGGGAGUGUCGUGAGAGAGGUAUGGAAGUAGAGGGGUUGUUAAAAUGUAAAGUCCUACCACCUCGCGAUCUCUAUCACCUUGUACUCCCAACAAAAAUGAACGACAAAUUGAUGUUUGUGUUGUGUAGAAUGUGUGGGGAGAUGAUGUACCAGGGAGAGUGUAAUCACGACAGUGAUAAUAGGGCACUUGUUGGGACUUGGACAAUGGAUGAGAUCAGGAAGGCUGUAGAAAAGGGUUAUGUUGUGCUUGACAUGUACGAGUUGUGGGAAUAUGAGAUGGCCACAUAUGAGAAAGGAGGACUAUUCCCCGACUUGAUAAAUAAAUUUUUAAAAAUGAAACAGGAAGCAUCUGGGUUCCCUAGUUGGUGUGAAACUGAUGAGGACAAAAACAAGUACAUUAACGAUUAUUUAAAAAAAGAGGGUGUCCAACUAGAAAAAGACAAAAUUAUCAAAAAUGGUGGCUUGAGGUCAUUGGCUAAGCUAAUGCUCAACAGUUUCUGGGGAAAAUUUGGCCAACGAGAAAACCAGACUAAAGCUUCAAUCGAAUAUAUUGAGGAAGUAGGAGAACCUCUAAGCAACGUAAACGUUUGUAUCGCGGCCUACACCACAUCACAGGCGAGACUCAAACUCUACGAACAUCUUGAGGCCCUAGGAGUUCAAGUAUUAUAUUAUGACACAGACAGCGUCAUUUUCUAUCACCGCCAAGGCCUGUACAGAGUUCCUACGGGAGAUUACCUCGGUGAAAUGACUGACGAAUUGACAGAUUACGGACCCGGCUCUUACAUCACUGAACUUGUCUCUGGGGGGCCUAAAACUUACGCGUACCUUGUCUGGUCAACCAAUCAACAGAAAUUGAUCCCUGUAUGUAAAAUCAAGGGCCUCACCCUCAACUUUAAAACAUCAAAAGUAGUAAACUUUGAAAAACUGAGAGAAAUGGUCCUAAGUGAAGUAAAACAGUCAAUUGAAAUUGAAGAGAACAGAAUCAGAAGAACUAGAGAUAGAGACAUCGUUACCAUCACUGAGAGCAAAGUGUUUAAAAUCACGGGGCCUAAGAGAAAGUUUGAAGGAGAGUACGACACUCUACCUUUUGGAUACGUUUCAUGGAAAGAUAACUUUGGCUUCCUGGUUAUUGAUAAAACAUCGGACCUUAAUAAUGGAAGAUAUAGGGUAGGACUCGACAGUUUUGUAACAGAGCUAUAA